AUGGAAGAGUCAGGCGCCUCGACCACUCCCGAAGACCCCGAUCCAGGCUCUGAGAGCCGGCCCAAGUAUGAAGACUUUGCCCACCACCAACCAGUCUACAGUGAUUGGCCCUCUGGAUCAACCGCACCGCCAGAGACAACAACGUCUCAGAAUGUCGAAGACUGGCCUAGACCUACGACAGCCCCCGCUACCGACUUUCAAUCCAAUUCCCCCGAUGUCACCUUGCCUGAUGCCGCUGUCGCUGCUGCUGUGAAGAAAGAAAAAGGCCGUGUGCGUUUUAACAGUACUGCUGGAGCCCAUCUUCGACCACCAGUCGCGCCCAGCGUGCCGCAGACGGGACCCGAGCGACGCAGCUCCCCAGCGCCGCCGCGCCCUUCUGCGCUGCGUAACCAUUCGUCCGGCUCGAUUCCGACAACUGACUACUUUGCGAGGGAGGCUGCCGCCGCUACUGCUGCUGCCAGCAACCAUGGAGACAGCGGUGACUUUGUCGAGGGCUCGUCCGAGAAACAGAUCUCGGCCGCAGCUGCGCAGGAGCGGGCAAAAAAGGUGGCCGAUAAGCUGCAACGGGGGUCGCCCACGCCCUCGCGCAAUUCCUUUGAGUCGGUCCCGGCCAGCGUUGGUGACGUAGAGCCAUUCCCCAGCGACGGCAGCAUUCCUUUGCAAAACAUGGGCUAUGCGCGCUCAGAGUCUGGCGAGGACACCUGGCAGCUAAUACAACAAUUCGAGGAGCCCCCGAAGAACCGAAACGAUGAAGCCUACGAUCUCGUCCGCUCUCACACCAUGCGCAGGCAGGCAAAGACGCCCGACGACAUCACCGUCGUCGAUCCCGAAGAGCAGGCAGCGACGGCCAGCCAUACUAUCGAGGUGGACGAUUGGAAUGCUGGUGGGUAUGACGGCGUAAUUCCGGUGCCCACGCCCAAGCACUACCGAGGCGGCGUGCUCUCGCAGCUGCUCAAGCUGUACAAGCCUUCCGAGGUCCGUCCAGGCCACCACCAACGCAACAUCUCCGCCUCAUCUGCAGGCCAUACUUCCGGCUCCGAAUCGGGCCACACAACACCGAGCCGUCGAAAGUGGUACGAGCAGAAUCGAUCGCAGGACACGCUCGCAAACCUCAUAGAAGCCUCCGCGCGUCUUGCCAACCCCAACCUAGGCAACAAUGCAGGCGGCGUGGGGUCGAGCUCGGCGUCGCCCAAGAAGAAGCGGCCAAAGGCCAAGCGCGUGGCCAGCGCCUCGCUCUUUCAUCACCAAAAGGAAGAGACGCGCAUCGCCGUGCACAUUGCAGGCAUCCUUGCACGACAGGGCUACAUCAUCAAGCUCUGCCGUGCCCUCAUGCUGUACGGCGCGCCCACCCACCGUCUCGAGGAGUACCUAAGCAUGUCUGCCCGGGUGCUGGAGAUUGAGGGCCAGUUUUUGUACUUGCCUGGAUGCAUGAUAAUCUCAUUCGACGACACAUCAACGCACACGACAGAGGUGCGCAUUGUGCGCACUGUCCAAGGCAUCGAUCUUGGCAAGCUCAAGGACGUCCAUCAAGUCUACAAGGAAGUCAUGCAUGAUGUCAUUGGCGUUGAGGAGGGCACAGAGCGCAUCGAUGCCAUCAUCUCUGCCCGCGAAAAGUUUCACCCCUGGACCCGUGUGCUAAUCUUUGGUCUGACGAGCGCCACUGCGGCGCCAUUCUCCUUCAAGGCUCGCUUCAUUGAUCUACCACUUGCAUUCUGCUUUGGUAGUCUUGUCGGGGCGCUGCAGCUGAUUGUGGCCCCCAAGUCGAACAUGUACAACAAUGUCUUUGAAGUUAGCGCCACGGUUCUUGUGAGCUUCAUGGGUCGUGCCUUUGGUAGUAUUUCCAACAGCAAUCUGUUCUGCUUCUCUGCCAUCACACAAGGCGGCAUUGUCAUGUUGCUGCCUGGUUACUCAGUUUUGUGUUCUGCACUCGAGUUGCAGGCCCGUGCGAUUGUGCCAGGGUCUAUUCGAAUUGUUUAUGCCAUCAUUUACUCUCUGCUCCUUGGUUUUGGCAUUACCGUGGGCGCGUCCCUCUGGGGCAUCUUCGACAAGAACGCCACAUCCCAAACACAGUGCACAGAUCCAAUGAGCCCUUACGUCGCAUUCAUAUUCGUACCCCUCUUCAUCAUUUGCAUCAGCAUUCUGUACCAGGCCAAAUGGCGUCAGAUGCCCGUCAUGGUCAUCAUUGCAUUCUCCGGUUACAUUGCCAACUAUUUUAGCAGUGUGCGCUUUGUGGCGAGUCCGCAGAUUGCAAGCACACUUGGCGCACUUUGUGUCGGUGUCCUUGCUAAUGUCUACUCGCGCAUCCGCCACGGUGUCGCCGCUGCCACUCUUAUUCCCGCCAUCUUCGUUCAGGUCCCGGGAGGCUUGGCGUCGACUGGCGGCCUACUGAGCGGUCUGAGAACGGCCAAUAUGCUCACAAAGUCCAACUCUACCGAGACACCUGGCGAAUCCACGCAUGCUAUGAGCACGGUUGUGUUUGACGUAGCUGCCUCUAUGAUUCAAAUUGCCAUUGGUAUUGCCGUCGGCCUGUUCUUGAGUGCGCUCCUGAUCUAUCCCCUCGGCAAACGCCGUAGUGGCCUCUUUAGCUUCUAA